AUGCCUAGAAUACUUACAAGAAAAAGUCAUGAAAAUCCUGUCAUGCCUAAAGAGGAUGGAAUAGUGGAAUUGUCUUACCCCAUAUUAUCAUCUGAAAAGCUUGUAGAUUUACUAUCUAUUCCAGAAAUAUGA